ACGGGGCCUGCGCGGCGGGCCUGCGCUAAGAUGGCGGACGAUAAGGAUCCGUUGCCCAAGCUGAAGGACCUCGCGUUCCUGAAGGACCAGCUGGAGAGCCUGCAGCGCAGGGUGGAGGACGAGGUGCAGGCUGGCGUGGGGCAGGAUGGUUCUCUGCUGGCCUCACCUUUUCUCAAAGGCUUCCUGGCAGGCUACCUUGUAGCUAAACUUCGCUUCUCGGCUAUCCUGGGAUUCAUGGCUGGAACCUGCACAGGGAUAUAUGCUGCUCAGAACUACGCUGUCCCCAAUGUUGAAAAGACAGUACGGGACUAUUUCAGCUUACUGAAAAAAGGUCGGGACUAGCAAGGAGGCCUUUGGCAGCAGUGACUCUAGGAACGGUACUCCUUAGCAGGUGCAGAAGAUUCUUAGGGCCUUCAGAGGCACAUCACGUACACUGUUCUUUUCUGCUGGGAAAGGGCUUUACAACCACAUCAUCGCAAGGCAUCAGCGGGUCUGGUUAUGGGGUAUUUAUUAGAGCGUCAUGGCAGCGGUGAUCACUCCACUAACUCACAGUAGCUUGGAAGCAUUGGCAGCUGACGGUUCGCCACCUGCCUUUUCCUGUCAUCUCUCUCCCCAUGUCCCUGCAGACUGAAAGGCUGCCUGGGACAUGUCAUCACGCUCACCACCUGUACGCCCUUCUGCUGAGUGCACGCUUUGCCCGAGGAACGUGCUUUGUGUGGCUUCCUAGAGAGGCUUGCAGUUCUCUUCCUAACGAAAGAUAAAACCAUUCACUGUGUCAGAAAUGUAGCAGGUAACAUCCUGUUUUAAUUAGGCUCCUUAAAUUAAUGGUAUUUGGUGUC